UUUGAAGGCGCAAGAGGAGUUUUUUUGGGGGUUAGGGUUUUCAUCUUAAAAUACCAAACACAGUCAAAGAUUCUCUGAAAUGUACUUACAGAUUUUCAGAAGGUUAUUAAAGUAAAUUUGGGGUACCGAUGAGAUUAUGGAGGUGCAGGGGAAGAGCUCUUAAACACAUUGACUUAUUUCUGGUCCAAUCUGAGUUUCAAUUAAUUGCAGCAGUUGGCAUCCCUCGUUAAAUAGGGCUUCUGCUCUUGCUUUCUCUCAGAGCCGCUGUUUUAAACCGCUGUUUUAAAUAAGCAUUAAAACAUGGAACGUUUUCACUCUCUUAGUACUCUGUCUUCUGCAAUUGAAAUGGCUUCAUCACCAGAGACAGAGCAUCCCAACAAGGCAUUUGGAUGGGCAGCCAGGGACAUUUCUGGUAUUCUCUCCCCUUUCAACUUCUCCAGAAGGGCAACAGGAGAGAAAGAUGUUGCAAUUAAAGUAAUGUACUGUGGAAUAUGUCACUCAGACUUACAUAUGUUAAAGAAUGAGUGGAACUGUUCAAUCUAUCCUAUUGUUCCUGGACACGAGGUUGCUGGUGUGGUGACAGAAGUGGGAAGCAAGGUGAAAAAGUUCAAAGUUGGAGACAGAGUUGGUGUAGGGGGCAUGGCUGGAUCCUGUAAAUCCUGUCAGAAUUGUAGUGAAGAUCUCGAGAAUUAUUGUCCCAAAAUGAUUUUCACAUACAGUGGCAAGCAUGUUGAUGGCACCAUAACAUACGGAGGCUACUCUGACUCGAUGGUUGUAGAUGAACACUUCGUGGUUCGAAUUCCAGAUAACCUACCUCUUGAUGCUGCUGCACCUCUCCUUUGUGCUGGAAUCACAGUGUAUAGCCCUUUGAAAUAUUAUGGACUUGACAAGCCUGGACUUCAUAUUGCUGUGGUUGGUCUUGGUGGAAUCGGUCACAUGGCUGUCAAGUUUGCCAAAGCUCUUGGGCUUAAGGUUACAGUGAUCAGUACAUCUCCCAGUAAAGAGAGGGAAGCAAUUGAACAUAUGGGAGCUGACUCAUUUGUUGUUAGUCAUAAACUAGAUGAGAUGAUGGCUGUAAUGGGAACCUUUGAUGGAAUCAUUGACACAGUUUCUGCUAAUCAUUCUCUCGUGCCUUUGAUUGGCCUGUUGAAGACUAAUGGUAAACUAGUCAUGAUUGGUUCACCGGAGAAGCCUCUGGAGGUUCCAGCAUUUGCCUUACUUACGGGAAGGAAGCUGGUUGGUGGCAGUGCAAUUGGAGGGAUGAAAGAGACGCAAGAAAUGAUCGACUUUGCUGCGAAACAUGAUGUGAAACCUGAUAUCGAAGUUAUUGAAAUGGAUUAUGUGAACACUGCGAUGGAACGCCUCCUCAAAUCAGAUGUGAAGUAUCGAUUUGUUAUUGAUAUUGGAAACACGUUGAAGCCAAGUUCCUGAAUGAAGAAUUUGCUGGCAUAUGUUUCAGCCUUCAGAGACUGAACUUAGGGUAAGAAAAAGAUUGAGCAAUCUUUUUUCUUGCUGUUCUUAGACAUUGUUGAGCCAAUUAAUAAAGUGGAAUACAUUUUAGAUUGAAGAAAACGUGCUUCACUGGAAUCAUGUUACUGAAUAAUACUAAAUGUAAUUCACAUUCUAUGUAUUUUUCUUUCAAUAAUUGGUUGGUAUUCUGAUGAA